AAAAAUGUAAAUACAUAAGAGAAACUUCUUAAGUUUUAGAUUUAAUUACUAGCCUAUAUGGAGACAGUGGUGGGUAUACAGUCCAUUUGUUGUUCUACUUUUCUAGCUGCUUGAAUUUUUAAAAAGAAAAAUUUUAAACUUAACAUUUGUAUUUAUUUAAAAAACAGUGAUCUUCCUGUUAGGGCAUAUGCAGUGGAUUACAUCUUAUCUUUAAUGUCUCAACUAGUAGGAAAGACUAGGUUAGGGAGAAAAGAUCCCUCAGUACGUUGUAAUACACAAACAUAACAUGUCAAACCUUUGAUGAAGACAGUGACUAACUCCUGACUACAGUGAAUUGAGAAGAGUUUUAUUGUAUUGUGAUCAAGUCAAAGCUGGAAGGCAGGAGAAUUUUUCCCUGACUAAAGGAAACUAAAACAGCAAUCUUCAAAUUUCAUAACUUUUCUAGUAAUCUGGGUGUGACCUCUCUCUUUGUAAAGCUCAGCCCUUGUCAACUUGCAAGCUCAUCUUCCAGAACUGAGCCUAGCCCAUUCUCACUAUAUAUAAAGUACCCCAGGAAGCCCUCCUCAGAGUUUCCCUCCUGUCAGCUCCACACCACAGCUUCUCACACUUUCCUCACCUUCUCAUCUUUAGAGAACCAUGUCUAGCAAAUCCACCAUCAUCCGCCGUGGCUUCAGCACCAGCUCGGCCAGAGUCCCUGGAGUAAACCGCUCAGGCUUCAGCAGCGUCUCAGUGUCCCGCUCCAGGGGCGGUGGUGUCCUCGGUGGGGCCUGUGGAGGAGCUGGCUUUGGCAGCAGGAGCCUCUAUGGCCUGGGGGGCUCCAAGAGGAUCUCCAUUGGAGGGGGCAGCUACAUCACAGGGGGUGGAUGUGGCAGCAGAGUUGGAGGUGGCUAUGGCUUUGGAGGAGGAGCCGGGAGCGGAUUUGGUUUUGGCGGUGGAGCUGGUGGUGGCUUUGGGCUUGGUGGUGGAGCUGGCUUUGGUGGUGGCUAUGGGGGCUUCCCUGUCUGCCCACCUGGAGGCAUCCAAGAGGUCACUGUCAACCAGAAUCUCCUCACUCCUCUGAACCUGCAAAUUGACCCCACCAUCCAGCGAGUGAGGACUGAGGAACGGGAACAGAUCAAGACCCUCAACAACAAGUUUGCUUCCUUCAUCGACAAGGUGCGGUUCCUGGAGCAGCAGAACAAGGUCCUGGACACCAAGUGGACUCUGCUCCAGGAGCAGGGCACCAAGACCGUGAGGCAGAACCUGGAACCCUUGUUCGAGCAGUACAUCAACAACCUCCGCAUGCAGCUGGACAGCAUCCUUGGGGAGAGAAGCCGCCUGGACUCUGAGCUCAGAAGCAUGCAGGACCUGGUCGAGGACUACAAGAACAAGUAUGAAGAUGAAAUUAACAAGCACACAGCAGCAGAGAAUGAAUUUGUGACUCUGAAGAAGGAUGUGGAUGCUGCCUACAUGAAUAAGGUUGAACUGCAAGCCAAGGUCGAUGGUCUUACAGAUGAGAUCAAUUUCCUGAAGGUCUUCUAUGAUGCAGAACUGUCUCAGAUGCAAACCCACAUCUCAGACACAUCUGUGGUCCUGUCCAUGGACAACAACCGCAACCUGGACCUGGACAGCAUUAUUGCUGAAGUCAAAGCUCAAUAUGAGGAGAUAGCUCAGAGGAGCCGGGCUGAGGCUGAGUCCUGGUACCAGACCAAGUAUGAGGAACUGCAGGUCACAGCAGGCAGACAUGGUGACGACCUGCGCAACACCAAGCAGGAGAUUUCUGAGAUCAACCACAUGAUCCAGAGGCUGAGAUCCGAGAUUGAUCACGUCAAGAAACAGUGUGCCAACCUGCAGGCCGCCAUUGCUGAUGCUGAACAGCGUGGGGAGAUGGCCCUCAAGGAUGCCAAGAACAAGCUGGCAGACCUGGAGGAUGCCCUGCAGAAGGCCAAGCAGGACAUGGCCCGGCUCCUGAGGGAGUACCAGGAGCUGAUGAACGUCAAGCUGGCCCUGGACGUGGAGAUUGCCACAUACAGGAAGCUACUGGAAGGCGAGGAGUGCAGGCUGAAUGGGGAAGGCGUUGGACCAGUCAACAUCUCUGUGACACAGUCCACCAUCUCCAGUGGCUAUGGCAGCUCCAGUGUUGUUGGCGGUGGCUUAGGCCUGGACGCAGGCAGCGGCUACUCCUACAGCAGUGGCUUAAGUUCUAGCAGUGGCAGAGGCAUUGGAGGUGGCCUCAGCUCUGUUGGGGGCAGCAGUUCCACCAUCAAAUACACCACCACCUCAUCCUCCAGCAAGAAGAGCUACAAGCACUGA